AGCAGAAGAAGAAGCAGCAGAGCUGGUGUAUUUGACAUUAGCUGAAAUGGGAAGCUAACAGCGGGCGAGAAGUUUUCCGCUUGCACUUUAUUAAAGUCAAGCCGUGUGUAUGCAACAAGUCAUGGAAAACCAAGUGAAAUAGCAGGUCGAGGGUUUUAAAUCGACGCCACAGCGGGGCUGCAGCAGGUGGAAGCAGCCGCCGCCGCCGUGGAGAUGGCCAGCUUGAACUGGAAGCCGUUCAUCUACGGAGGGAUGGCCUCGAUUGUCGCAGAAUUCGGGACAUUUCCCGUUGACCUGACGAAGACCCGGCUACAGGUCCAGGGUCAGUCCCAGUACACAGAGGUGCGCUACAGAGGCAUGUUCCAUGCUCUCUUCAGGAUCGGCAAGGAGGAAGGCAUCCGGGCACUCUACUCUGGGAUUUCUCCUGCCCUGUUAAGACAAGCUUCUUACGGGACAAUCAAGAUAGGAACGUACAACUCUCUGAAGAGGCUGUUUGUCAGUCAUCCAGAUGAGGAGACCAUGGUCAUCAACGUCUUCUGUGGUGUUGUGUCUGGCGUCCUGUCCUCCUCUCUGGCCAACCCCACUGACGUCCUCAAGAUCAGAAUGCAGGCACAGGGCAGUCUGCUCCAAGGCAGCAUGAUGUCCAACUUCAUCAACAUUUACCAGACAGAGGGCACCAGAGGGCUGUGGAGAGGUGUCAUUCCCACAGCGCAGAGAGCAGCCAUUGUCGUCGGGGUAGAACUUCCCGUUUAUGACAUAACAAAGAAGCACCUCCUUCGCUCCGGCCUCAUGGGAGACACAAUUUUGACACAUUUCAUCUCGAGUUUCACAUGUGGCUUGGCGGGGGCACUGGCCUCCAAUCCUGUAGACGUAGUCCGGACCCGCAUGAUGAACCAGCGAGUUUUGUCAGGAGGCCCGUUGUACAAAGGAACACUAGACGGAGUGAUGCAAACAUGGAAGAACGAGGGCUUCUUUGCUCUCUAUAAGGGAUUCUGGCCUAAUUGGCUGCGACUGGGGCCUUGGAACAUCAUUUUCUUCAUCACCUUCGAGCAGCUGAAGAAGCUCCCAUUUUAACACCAGCAGGAAGCGGGACUACACUGGUCUGUCAGACUGUGUCGGGCAUAUAAGUGGGGGUGUGAGCACGGCAGCACCUGGAGUUUUGGCACCACUAUAUAUACACACUCCCUUCAGAACCAUACCAAUGAUACAACACGGUAUCAGUCAUUUCAUCACGCUUAUCCAAAUCUUAUGUCGAUUUUUAUUUUUUGUUUUAUUUAUUGUCACUGGUUCUGUUUUCGUACUGUUUUAAAGGACUGCUGCUUUUACUCUCACCCUCAACCACACAUGACACUCCCCAGGCAGCUAAAUGUUCGGUUGUAGCAGAGAGUUUGGAAGACUAGUUUCAUAUCUUCGAGACGAUGAGAAAGACAAGAUUUUAUCACUGUUAAGUCUAGUAAACUUUGGCGACCAGAGGUGGCACUUCUGAUCUGGAAACAUAUGAGAAACAAAUUUAUCAAUAAGCCCGCAAAUUGCCCGAAUGUCAAAUAUAGUCAUGCAUGACCACUCAGUUUGUGGAGAAAAAGAAGAGAAGAGUAUGACUUUUUUUAAAUGAAUGAUGUAUAGAGAUUUUAAAUGCCCAGGCAUGCAUGACAUGCUCAGAAAAUGAGUCAAUUUUAACAGUUGACUGUCGAGGAAUUGCAUGAAAGACAAGAAGCUGACUGUUACAGGUAGUUAGGGUACUGAGGAAGAACAUUAAGCUCACACUGACAGAAAAGAGGAAAUGAUCCUCAACAGCACUCCAGAUGAGCUCAUGAAAAAUGACUCAUAUGUUGUGAUCUCGUCUGUUAUAUUAAGGUGUCAAAAGAAAGUGUUGCAAAGAGUCUUUAAGGUGCCAGAAAAUCACUCAACACAUGAACUCCACUCUGACUUUAAAGCGAAAGACUGAAACAGUCUAUUUAGCAUUAUUUAUUGUUUUUGUUCUAUUAAUUUCCAGAGACUUACUGGAACAACUCUGAACAUCUGUGAUCUUUAAAGAGUGAACACUGAAGCUUUACUUGAAACAAUCUGAAAAUCUGAACCAAAGCCUCUCAUGACAAAAGACAAAACAAAAAUCUUUUCUUUUUUAAGUUAUUUUUAAGGAUAUCGACUCCAAAUGCGUUUUUGCAUUCAUUUUUUCCGUUUCAUUCACCUCCAGUCUGCUGCAGUAUUAGGAGCUAAUGGUCUGCGAGCGGUGCUCACUGCCAUGAUUUCAUUUAGGAUCCAGUACAUAUUGUAAAUCGCUGUAUAGACGUCAGUCACGCAAGGAGGUGGAUGUAUUUUAUCUUACGCAUGUCCAGGUGUACAUAUGAUGCCUUGUUGUGUUAUUUUUAUUGCGUCCCUCGUUUGAGGUGAAGUCAUGGCAUGAAGAUGAAAAGAGGGCCCUUAUGCCAAAUUUAGUUUUUACCAAACUGGGUUACAUUGUAAAACAGACCAAAUUCAUUUUUUAAGUAACUUGUAUUUUGGAUAAUUUAUGGGAAGCCAUGAAAGAUAUUUUAACAGUAAUCCUAAUCAGCGUGGGGUUCAUUGUUUAAAAUGACUUUUUUUUUAAAUAAUGCAUUACUUUACUUAUUUACUCCGUGUAGAAAGUAAUUUGUUGCACCACUUACGUUACUUUACUUUUCAGCAUCGCCUGAACAAACAAAUUAAACACACUCAAACAAAAGAAGUUCAGUCGCUUGAUCACCAAACUGAUCCAGUUUAUUUUAGUGUUUAGUGUUUUAGUGUGUUUAUCACAAAAGCAGUGGUUAUGCCAUUGUGGAUUCUGCCUAUCGGCCCAGUUAAUUAUCGAUUCCCAUGUUGAUUCCUGAGCAAUUUUCUGUGUGGAAAAAUGUAGGCAUGUGUAUUCUGUAGUAGAAAAAAGGCGUGCACGUGACCUGUUUUAACACUGGAACACUCAUUGGAAGCAGUGGUGUGUCAAAUACAUGACGUGUCUCACAUUGGAGCUUAGAAAGAUCUUUCAGCGUAUUUCCGGGGUGUUUGACAUCACUGUUUUACAACGCACAACAAUACUGCAUUACAGACAAAUGAAAUAUGAUUCCAGUAAUAUGUUAUAACACUCGUCCUAACAUGCUAUGAAUCAUUUGCAAAUACUAUUUUCCAGGUGACCUCAUUCUUUGAGCCACCUGCAUCACCAAACCUGUUUUUUUUAUGUUAAAUGUUAUAUCAGUGAUUUUGAUUUGUUUCAAUAGCUGAAGAUAUUUAAUUUCUCAGGCUGUGACGCAGAAGUUUCUCAUCCUGGCAGCUUUAUAUUCUGUCGUCAGACAGGUGUGAGACAAGUGUGUCUGUCUUUGGUUGAAACAGCACAAACCUGCUGGAUUCUAUAACUGACGCACAUUGAAAAUAUUUAUAGCUUAAUUUGCACUGGCACCAGCAUGUCUGCUGCUGUAUGCAGUGUCGCUGUUCCCUGGUCUGUACAGCAUUUGACUUGUUUUAGACUGUAAACCAGUUUCCAUCUCAUUUCACCUAUGAACAGUAGAAUAUAAUAGAAUAUCUGUAGGGAUUUGGUGGGUGAGGUUUUCCCCUUGACAGGCCUGCUUCUCGUACACGGUGAAAUGCAUCAGAGGUCAUCACAGCUGCAGAAACAGUUUUUUAUAGAACAAAAAAUUCUGACGGCAGAAUCUUAAAAUCAAACCCUUUACGUGUACUAAUGUAAAUUCAACUACAAUUAUCUGUAUUUGCACAUCUGAAGGUUGAAUUGUGCCGUUUCAGAGGCUGCAAUGUUUUGAAUGUGUCCUGGCAUAUUACUGCCUUUCUGGUGAAAAAUAUUUUAAUACACUUGCACCCUUACAGCCUUACACUUCAUGUCAUCACCUGUUAAUCAUAUUAUUCUACUAUAAUGUUCCUCUGCUCAUAAGGAUGCCUCAUUACCACAUAGAGUAGGUUUUUUUAGUUACUGUCCACGCAGUGUGCUUACAGUUAUCAAUACUGAAAUUGAAGUCAAGACGUUUUAAUGUGUUUAUCAUGAUUCAACUAAUUUUUUGGAUAUAUGUUGUUUAUGUUUGUGUCGUAAAGAAUCUUCAGCUUCUGCUUUUUACGCUGAUCAAAUUUGACCUUCCGAAUGAUUCAUCUAUUUAAUUGACUCUGUGUUCAGCGAACCUGAAUGCAGUUCAGCAGGUGUUUGUGUUCAUUCCUGCUCAAAUAUUUUGCUCACGCUGGCAUGUUUUAUCUGAUUUUUGUGUUUUUUAAUUUGAACUGUUACGAAGUGCUUUGAGUCUCGAAUUUGUGACACAAGGUUUGUUGACCAAAAGUUUUGACCUUCUCCCUUUUCUUUAAACCAGGCAGGGAGAUAAAAAUCCUGUCACAGAUGAAUCCAUUUUGUAAGAACAUGAUUCACUAAAGAUAUCUCAUUUAUGAAGGAACCUCUUGUGUGGCCUCAUUUUAACAGAAACUUUAAACUGAUUUGUCUCCAACUUUGAACAAGUCCUUAGUUUCUUAAAUCACACACCA